AUGAGUUUAUUAAAGUUCAUUUGUACCGUAGAUCUACACCUGAUUCGCCGGUUGCUCGAUCUCCUUCACCUCCGACGACUCACAGCAAGUCUCCGUGACUCGUCUGUUACUCCCGAUCGUGAUGCUCCUCGUCGACCUGGUGUUCCUCGUUCUCUUCAUCCGUUUGAGGUUUCCGAUUCCCCUGGCAACGUUCACAGUCCCUAUCACCUCCAUAGCUCGGAUCACCCAGGUUUAGUCCUUACUGCUGAACCUUUGGAUGGCUCUAACUAUGGAAUUUGGUCUAUUGCUAUCUCUACUAGCUUAGAGGCUAAGAACAAGAUGGGUUUUCUCGAUGGAUCUAUCCCUCAACCUGAUGAAGAUGAUCCUUAUUUUAAGAUCUGGUGCCGUUGCAAUAGUAUGGUGAAAUCAUGGCUUUUGAAUUGUGUUUCUAAGAAGAUCUACAUGAGCAUCUUGUACUUCAAGUCUGCUUGUGAAAUUUGGAAGGAUCUUCACACUCGUUUUCACAAGUCGAAUCUUCCUCGCCUCUACAAGCUCCGUCAUCAGAUCCAUUCUCUCCGUCAGGGUAGCCUUGACCUCUCGUCUUAUCACACUCACGUUCAAUCUCUUUGGGAGGAAUUAUCUAGUCUGCAGGUUACUGGUUCUGUUGAAGAUUUGUUAGCCGAACGUGAGACUAAUCGUGUGAUUGACUUCCUCAUGGGUCUCAAUGACAAUUAUGAGUCUAUUCGCAGCAGGAUCCUCAUGAAGAAGACGCUACCUUCUCUAUCAGAGGUGUUCAAUCUCCUUGAUCAGGAGGAGAGCCAACAAUCCGUGAAGUUCUCCAUCGAUGUCGCACCCUCAGCCUUCCAGAUCUCUCACUCUGGUCCUUUGGCCUCACCUGUGCCUCCUACUCCAGCCUCUGGUGGUUCGUCCUCUCAGCGUGAUGAUGACAAACCAGUUUGCUCUUACUGUGGUCGUGUUGGUCAUGUGGUUUAUCGUUGCUACAAGAAACAUGGUUAUCCGUCGCACUACAAGUCCAAGCAGAAAUUUACCAAGUCUGGCUCGGUUCUCGCGAAUGUGGCUGUUGGUGACACUUCUUCCGAACAGGUCUUCUCCGCGGAUUCACUCUCUUCGUCUCAGAUUCAGCAGCUUGUCGCCUUCUUGAGCAACAAACUUCAACCCCCACCUGCUUCUCCCACACCUGAAGUUCACUCUGUCUCGGCUUCCCCUGUUCCUUCUUCAGUUUGCCCGAUUUCCGGUACUUAUCAUCCCUCUAUUGUUUGUUCUUUUUCUGGAAUCGAUAGGCCUUAUGUUUGUUCUGUUAAUAGCAAUCUUCCUGCUAUUAACGCUUGGGUUAUUGACACAGGCGCCACUAAUCAUAUUUGUCACGAUCGUAAUGCCUUUUCCACCUUUAAACCAUUACCCGAUACAACCGUUUCUCUCCCUAAUGGCAUUCUUGUGAGCAUUGUUGGACUAGGCACUAUUCCCUUGGGUAGCAACUUAGUUCUUACUGAUGUCCUAUAUAUCCCUCAGUUUAAGUUCAACCUUUUAAGUGUCAGCUCUCUCACAAAAAGCUUGGGGUGUAAAAUCUGGUUUGAUGAGUCCUCUUGUGUUAUUCAGGAGCGUACGCAGGGAUUAAUGAUUGGAAUGGGUAGGCAGGUGGCAAAUCUCUAUUUCCUGGAUAUUGAGUCUCUUUCUUUUCAAGGUACUUCUGUUUCUUCGGUGGUCGCGAAUGUUUCUAGUCCCGAUUUGUGGCAUAAGAGACUAGGGCAUCCUUCCAUGUCUAAAAUACAGCCUAUGGCCACUUGGGUUUAUUUACUUAAGAACAAGUCAGAUGUGUUAGAGGUCUUUCCUACUUUCAUUAGUAUGGUCGAGAAUCAGUUUGAUACUAAGGUUAAGGGGUUUAGGUCUGACAAUGCUCCAGAAUUGAAUUUUACAGCCUUUUAUCAAUCCAAAGGAAUUGUCCCUUUCCAUUCUUGCCCUGAAACCCCUCAGCAGAACUCUGUUGUUGAAAGAAAACACCAACACAUCCUUAAUGUUGCCAGGUCUCUUCUUUUUCAAUCCCAUGUACCUCUUCUUUAUUGGGGUGAUUGUGUUUUGACCGCUGUUCAUCUUAUAAACCGCACCCCAUCCCCUGUGUUAAACGAUAAAAGCCCUUUUGAAGUCUUAACCAAGAAAAUACCUGAUUAUGAUCAAUUAAAGGUUUUUGGCUGCCUGUGUUAUGCCUCCACCUCUCCUAAAAACAGAACUAAAUUUGAUCCUCGAUCCCGUGCUUGUAUUUUCCUUGGUUAUCCCAAUGGUGUCAAGGGUUCUAAGCUUCUCGAUUUGCAAUCCAAUGCUCUUAUUGUUUCUCGUCAUGUCAUAUUUCAUGAGGAACUCUUCCCUUUUGUUCAGUCUGAUCUUUCUCUCGAUGCUUCUAAUCUUUUUUCUGACUCUAUAGUCUCACCUCCUAUUGCGCCUCAAUCUUCUGGUGUUGAUGCUUCUGCAUCUUCAUCUUCCGUAGCGGAUGUGCCUUCUGCCAUUCCUACUGAUGUUCCUGAACCUUCUGUUCAAACAUCUACUAAGAGGACAGUUAAAAAGCCUGCUCAUCUUCAAGACUAUUACUGUGAUUCGGUUAUGUCUUCAACUAUUCAUGAGAUUUUUCAGUAUUUGUCUUAUGAUAAGCGUUCCCCUAAAUAUGCAUCCUUUUUAGCCUGUAUUGAUAAAGAAAAAGAACCAGCUAACUAUACCGAGGCAAAGCGUUUUCUUGUGUGGUGUGAAGCUAUGGAUGUUGAAAUUGUUGCUCUUGAGGAGACAGACACUUGGGACGUUGUGAGUUUACCUCCGGAUAAGCACUGUAUUGGUUGUAAGUGGGUUUUCAAGAUCAAAUUUCUUGCAGAUGGUUCUGUUGAGCGUCAUAAGGCUCGUUUGGUAGCUAAGGGUUACACACAGGAAGAAGGCGUGGACUACAACGAGACGUUUUCUCCAGUCGUCAAGCUCACUUCGGUUAAGCUUGUAUUGGCGCUUGCUGCUGUUUUUGGCCUUUCCCUCACUCAAUUGGAUAUCUCAAAUGCCUUUCUGAAUGGUGACCUUGAUGAGGAAAUAUACAUGAAGUUGCCUCCCGGAUAUGCCUCGAAACAGGGGGACCUUCCUCCUAAUGCAGUUUGUAAGCUUAAGAAGUCUCUUUAUGGCCUUAAACAAGCCUCACGCCAACCUCGACGGAUCUCUUUCUGUGUCCUUGUUUAUGUUGACGACAUCAUCAUUGCUUGCAACAAUGACUCUGCUGUUGAUACAUUGAAGACACAACUACAAUCGUUCUUCAAGCUCCGUGACCUUGGCACGCUAAAGUAUUUCCUUGGCUUGGAAAUUGCUCGUUCCUCCGAAGGCAUCUUCGUUUGCCAACGUAAGUAUGCUCUCGAUCUAUUGGCGGAUGCAGGUCUUCUCGGCUGUAAACCUUCUUCUGUUCCCAUGGAUCUCUCAAGCUGUCCCUUGACAAAGGUGGUGAUCACGUCGAUGUCGAGCCUUAUCGUCGUUUGA